CCGCGCUUGGCCCGGAGCCUGGAGCCAGGCGCCGGACCCCGCGCCGGGCAGGUGGGCCGGUCCGAGUUCGGAGGCGCUGCCCUAGUCCCCUGCCCCACGCCCAGCGCCUGGACGGCUGUGCUCCACUCCUGCCCCUCGGCCCUUUGGGGAAUUGAUUUGGUAUGGGCUCGGGGCUUGCAACCCCUCCCUCAACUGCCGAGCCCCCGGGGAGGGCAGCCCCGGCCCGGGCUCAGACCCAUUGUCCCUGCUGGAGUUGAAGUGUAGAGCUGCUUGGUGACCUGGACGACCCCUGCCCCGCUUCCUCGCGCCUGGGAUAAGCCACCCCGUUCUACCUUUUCCACAAUAGGUGGAAAGCAAUGGGAAGCUGGGCCCGGGAGGCUGCAGAAGUGUCUCUCCAGGUUAAGCUGAUCCACGAGGGGGAGGAGGUGGAGAGAGAGGGGGCAGAGUCUCCGAGUUGAAGCUUAGCUCCUCCCUUCAACUGGGGCUGGGGGGGGGGUCUUCCUCGGGGAUGCCCCCCCAUAUAUCGGAGUUGGGGUGUUCUCCCUAGGAUUGAGCCCAUUUUAUUACACUGUGAAGACUUUGGGCGGGAAAGAGGUUCAGAGUCUGGUGUUGUCAGCAUGGUUUAAUCAGUAUAUAUCCUCCCAGAGAUGGAAGCCCCGGGGCCUGGAGAUUGGCAUAGCCAGUGCAGUAGCGUAAGGGGGUCAGGUUACAGCCCGAAGUCCAUAGUACAGUAUGGUGGUAACUCCUUUUGGUGUUCUAUAGCAAAGCUGCUUCCCGGUUUUCUUGAAGUACUGGAAAGCACCCUCAGAACCCAGAGACUAACAAAGUCAGUUUUCACAGCUUGUCUUCUUCCCUCUCCUUCCCCUCCUUCCUUCCCUAUCCCCAUCCCACCCCCUUAGCUCUCAGGGCCAGUCUGGGGCAGGAGGAUGCUUACUCAGCCCCGCCAUGGAGCUGCGCUGUGGGGGACUGCUGUUCAGUUCCCGCUUUGACUCAGGGAACUUGGCCCAUGUGGAGAAGGUGGAUUCUGUGGCUAGUGAAGGGGAGGGGGGCGGGAGUGGGGGAUCAGCCCCCACCACCGGCGGAAUAUCCUCUACCUCUGACUACGAAUUCAACGUGUGGACACGGCCUGAUUGUGCUGAAACAGAAUAUGAGAAUGGGAACAGGUCAUGGUUCUACUUCAGCGUACGGGGAGGAGUUCCAGGAAAACUCAUAAAGAUCAACAUCAUGAACAUGAACAAGCAAAGCAAACUGUACUCCCAGGGCAUGGCGCCCUUCGUACGUACGCUGCCCACUCGGCCUCGCUGGGAGCGCAUCCGUGACAGGCCCACCUUUGAGAUGACAGAGACACAGUUUGUCCUGUCCUUUGUGCACCGCUUCGUGGAGGGUCGUGGGGCUACCACCUUCUUCGCCUUCUGCUACCCCUUCUCCUACAGUGACUGCCAGGAGCUGCUGAACCAGCUAGACCAGCGCUUUCUGGAGAGCCAUCCUUCCCUUAGCAGUCCCUUAGAUUCCAUCUAUUACCACCGAGAACUCCUCUGCAACUCUCUGGAUGGACUUCGUGUAGAUCUGCUGACUGUGAGUUCCUGUCAUGGGCUUCGAGAUGAAAGAGAACCCCGUCUGGAGCAGCUAUUUCCUGAUACCAGCACACCCCGGCCAUUCUGUUUCUCAGGCAAGAGGAUAUUCUUCUUGAGUAGCAGGGUGCACCCUGGGGAGACUCCAUCUAGCUUUGUCUUCAAUGGUUUUUUGGACUUUAUCCUUCGACCUGAUGACCCUCGUGCCCAGACUCUACGUCGUCUUUUUGUCUUUAAACUAAUUCCCAUGUUGAACCCAGAUGGUGUGGUACGGGGUCACUAUCGGACAGAUUCACGAGGAGUGAACCUGAACCGUCAGUAUCUAAAGCCAGAUGCAAUCCUGCACCCAGCCAUCUAUGGGGCUAAGGCAGUGCUGCUCUAUCACCAUGUACACUCACGUCUGAAUUCCCAUACUCCCUCUGACCAACAGCCCAAUCCCCAACCCUCAGCCCCACCCGGUCCUCUUUCUGAACUUGAAAAAACCGACAAUCUCCAUAAUGAGGCUGACCUUGGACUCUCAGCUGAUGGGGACAAUCCUGAGUCCUGGACCCAAACUGAGCCAGCAAACCAGGACCCCAAUAGUUUGUGGUUUUUGGAAUCAGAAUCUGGUGAGGUGGAGCCAGCCCCUGAAACCAUUCCCCCCAAGGAGAGCGGUGUGGCCUACUAUGUGGACUUACAUGGACAUGCCUCUAAAAGGGGCUGUUUCAUGUAUGGAAAUAGCUUCAGUGAUGAAAGUACCCAGGUGGAAAAUAUGCUGUAUCCAAAGCUUAUCUCCCUGAAUUCAGCACACUUUGACUUCCAAGGCUGCAAUUUCUCAGAGAAGAACAUGUAUGCUCGGGAUCGGCGAGAUGGCCAGUCUAAGGAGGGCAGUGGUCGAGUUGCCAUCUACAAAGCCUCAGGGAUCAUCCACAGCUACACACUUGAAUGCAACUACAACACUGGACGCUCAGUAAACAGUAUCCCAGCUGCCUGCCACGACAAUGGGCGUGCCAGCCCCCCUCCCCCACCUGCUUUCCGUUCCAGAUACACUGUGGAGCUGUUUGAACAGGUAGGGCGGGCUGUGGCUAUUGCAGCCCUGGAUAUGGCAGAAUGCAAUCCCUGGCCAAGAAUUGUCCUGUCAGAGCACAGCUGCCUCAACAACUUGAGAGCCUGGAUGCUGAGACAUGUUCGUAACAGCAGAGGCGUAGGUAACAGCCUUAAUGUAGGCAUCAACAAAAGGAGAGGCUCUCGAACCCCACCAAAAGGCCCCAAUGGUUUGCCUACGUCAUGCUCUGAAAAUACCCUGAGCCGGGCCCGAAGCUUUAGCACUGGUACCAGUGGCAGCAGCCAGCAAAACUCUCCACAGAUCAAAACUUCACCCAGCUUUCCCUUUCAUAGCAGUCGGUCCACAGGGCUACCAGGCCUGGGCCUUGCCACCCAGAAAGGCAACCAUCGGGUGCUGGGCCCUGUUAGAGAGUCCCGAGGCCAGGACAGGAGACGGAGGCAGCAACCACUGGCCAAUCGCCCUACCACAGGCAGCUUGGACUCGCCCCUAACUCCUCCUAGUGCUGGCCCAGCCCCUUCAAGAAACAUAGGCACUUGCUUACUGCCUACCUCACUUGGUAUAGCAGGGAGUAGCUGCUCACUCUUGUCAGCAGGGGAUAAACCAGAGACUGUCAUGGUUAUCGGGAAGGGGCUGCUGGGGAGUGGGUCUCGCACCCCCUGCAUCAGGGCUCGACUGCAGAACUGCCCGAGGAGAGUUUCCGCCAGGAGGGGUCCCGGAUUCCCCAGAUGCCAGAAUCAAGUCCAGGAAGUGAGAAGCUCAGGGGAAGAGUCUAGCCCUCAGCGCCACCCCCUAUCCAUACAGGCUAGGCCCGGGUUGGGCCGGGGCUCAUCGCCGCCUGGCAGAGGGAUGAGAGGCUCUUCGGGCCCCACAUCCCCCAUCCCCCGGACCAGGGACAGCUCUGAGCCAGAGCCAGGAUCCUGCUCUGCUGCACCAGGGCUGUACCUGGUUGGGCCCCCACGGCCCCACUCCGCUCCUGCCUCCUCACUUCUGGCCUGUCCUAUCCUUUGCUCCCAGCCCCCAACUUGUUACAGUGGGGGGGCACUGGGACAGCCUGAGGGUUGUUCUAUUAUCAAGCCCUCCCCAAUCACUCAGUCUCCCAGAGUAUGAUAUAGCCUCUGACUCCAUGGUAGGACAUCUUGCCAUGGUUUUGGGGCACAGGAAGUGCCCUAACCAGUCGUUUCCCCACCCUGUAACAACCAUGGCUCCUUAGAGAGUCAGCCUCAUUGUUCCGGGCCCACUUUGGAGCAGGACAAAGGAGCAGGGACCUCCCAGCCCCAUCCCUCCCUCCACAGCACAGGAAUUUGGGACCAUAUAUAUAUAUUUUUUAUAUUGGUGGGUUGGAAAAGGAAUCAGCCCCUACACUGAGCCCUGUUCAGUGGCAGAUUUUGCCUCUGGCUUGUUUCAUAGGAUAGGGAAGACUGAGGAAAUAAAAGUUGUUUGGAAAAAAAAACCUCAAUAAAAGUUUGCUAUUUUGAAAGGUG